GCUUGGAAAAGUAGAUAAUUUGAAUAUUAAUAGCAUAAAAACUUUGUAGAAUAGGAUAACCAAAUCAAAAUAAAAUAGAUUAAACUUAAAGAAUCACAUAUUAAUUAUAUAAUUCAAAAGUUAUAGCUAUACUCUCUUUUCAUGUUAACUAAGAAGCUCACAAGAUAAAAAACAAAUAAAGCUAGUAAAUCAGCAUAAAGAAACUCAGAUUAGCUUUCAAAAAAUGAUUAAGGGCAUUCAGAAACGAAUACUAAAAAAAUUUCCAAAUAGACCAUAUUUUUUAUUAUCUUGUAGAUUAUUAGUUUAGGUGAAUACGCAUGCAUAAUAAUGAGUAUUCAUGUAUUUUUAUAUAAUGAUUACUUAGUUUAAUUUGGUCUUUAGCUUUCAUUCUUUUUGGUAUCUAAGAUUAUUAAAAUAGCAUAUUAUACAGUCAAAAAACAAUAUAUAUAAGUCGUAUUAAUUGUACUGUGUUUAGACUAUGUUGCUGCAUAUCUGAUUAUUAAAGAAGAAAGACAAAAUAAUUAAAGAAUCGAAUAAGGAGAUAAAGUAGUGCGUGAAGAAUGGGUUUAAAUGAAAUAAUAGCAGCAAAAAAAGAUUGAUUAAUAUUUAUCCAAUAUGUCUUAUUAAAAAUCACCAACAAAUUCUAAAUAAAAAAAUGAUGAGAUGAAAUAAAUGCCUCUUAAUGUUAAGAAAGUGCCAGAAAAUAUUAAAAUGAGUCCCCAUUAAAAUACAUUUUUGUCACAAUUUAAUUAAAAGCCAACCAUUUCAACCUAAGUUAAUAACACAGAAACUACUUAAAAAGAGCAAUUUUAAAAUAGCUUGCAGAAUAAGCAAUUAUUCAAGCUAGGAACAGGCUUGACUGAAGGCAGAAGCCCGAAUCAAGAUAUUUAAUUUUUUAAUGCAAAUCCUAUUUCAACAAAUACAGCUUAAUAAAACUUAUAAACGGAUGAGAGAUCAAUAGAAAAUAUACUACCAAAAAUUAGUAAUCAGCAUGAAUCACCAAAUUUAAAUUAUUAAUAAUCAGGUUAAUUUAUGUCGAGGAUAGAGGAAUAUAGAAACUCUUAAACAUUAAAAAGCAAUCUUUAAUUAAGCAUUAAAUAAGUUUCUUAAGAAUCUAAUAGUAAAAUUGCUUUUCAAAGUGAUUAUUAAAGAAAGCAAUCAAAUUUUAGUUAACAAAACAGAUUAAAAUCUUAAAGUAAAUACUCAGUUUAGAAAGAAACAUCUGAAGAAGAAAAACCAGCUAAAAAGAAAAAUGAACGUGUUUUAGAAUAUCAAAUAUAAUCUAGCGUUUUGAAGAAGCUAAAGUUAAAUAAGUCACAAUUACAAAGCUUUAUUUUUAAUAAAUUUACAACAAUCUACAUCGAAGAAGAGGCUGACUAAAAAAACGAGAAAUACUUUAUGAGAAGAAAAUUUCUCUUAAGUGUAACUAAAAUUUUUGAUGGGAUUUUUAUGGAUGCUCCCUGUCUCUAUAUUUUAGCCUAUAUAAUUGCAAAUCAUUUAGAUUUAGCGUAGCUUUAUCCUUUACUUUAAGCUGGUUAUUGGUAUAUUUCAAUAAGCAUGUCUAUUUCUAUUUGCUUAUUUAACAAUUUACAAAAUUUACCAUUUAGACAGCAUGAUAACUACUUUUUUCUAUAAUUAAAAUCAUUUAUAAAGAACCUGGCGAUUGUAUUAUGCAUGGUAGUUUCUACUACUGUACUUUGGGCGUUUACUUCGUUGAACGGAACCGCUUUAUUGAUAUAUGAUAUCUCUGUCUUUUGCAUAAUUAAUCACUAAGUUUUUUCGUUUAUGCAGACAGUUUAUAAGGAAGAAGUGAGAGGAGAUUCAAAGUUUAAGUUUAUGCUAUUUUUAAUAUGCGUUUGCUUUUCAAUUUUAGUAGGCAGUCUUCUCUUAUUCGCAAAUCUGAUACUACUCUUAAAUUCAGAUCUAGCUCAUGAAGCUUUGCUGUAGCUUAGAAAAUAAUUAGAAUCACCAGAUCCUAAAUUAGUAAAAGACUCGCUCUUCGAAUUAGUGGAAAGAGGUAAAUAUGGGUUUAGAUUUUUGUAAAGAUAAAAUCUAUUUUUUGUUUUAAACUUAACAUGCCUUGCUAUUUUAAGCCUGUUUGUUAAUCAGCUUUACAAUUUUAGCUGGGAUAGCUCAAUAGUUUCUUACCACAAACUUCUAUUGGGAUUUUUACCUGUGUGCUUAUUGGGAAUUCUCUUGCAAUAUUAAGAUAGCUCAUUCUUUAACGACACACUGGGUAAGAUAGUGUUUGAUCACUACAAUAGAGUUGUUAACAAUGUUAAAAUGUUCAGAGUUAAGCUAAGAGUAAAAUAAUUAAAUGAGUAGUAAAUUUAUUCUUAAUUCUCAGAAGUAGAAAGUAAACUCAAAAACUUAAAAGAGAAAUAUUCUUAAUAAGAUUAAUUUAGGAAGGAUUUUGAGCAUGAAGAAGCUAGAUUAAAUAGAUCAGUGAAAUCAUAAUAAGGAUCAUCUAAUAAUAAAAGCUAAAAUAAUUUAAAACUUAUCACAAUCUCUAGAAGGAUAAAAGAAAUCAAAGAAUAACUUAAAGAUAUAAAACAAGAAAUUGAAAGCCUUUAAGUAAUAUUUGAAGUGAGAGAUAAGGAGUUAUAAGUUAUAAGAGAGUAGGUCAAGCAAUGCUAAGAAGAAUUCGAUAACUAUGGAAAAAUUAAUGGAAUCAAUUUGGCUGAAGAAGUUAUGAUGGAUGAGCAACAAAUAGAAAACGAAGCUAUUCAAAUUUAAUACUAAGAAUAUUUAGCCGAAUUACAGAAAAAUCAAUUUAAUUACAAUUAAAUUAAUGUUUAAGAAGAAAUAGAGGCAUAUUAAUAAAAUUAAAAUAACUCAAAUCAUUCAUAUCAACAUCAUAAAAGCCAAUAAAAACACGUUCAUCAUACUUAAAACCACCAUAGCCCUCAUCACAAUUAAUCUCAUGGCCAUGGUGGUCUUCACCAUAAUCAUUAACAUUUUUAGCAUCAUUAUGCUCACUAAGGUCAUUAAAAUUCCAGAAACCAUCACUAGAAUUAAUAUAUUUAAAAUAAUCAUCAACAAUAGCAUCAUUUGCAUUAACACUAUCAAUCACACCACCUCAACCAUAACCAAUAAAUUUAAGAGUAAUCCAACUCUCAUCACUAAAAUAAUCAUAAUCUUCGUCAUUGA